GAAUUGUUAAUGCGAAAGUCCAUAAGUUUCUGAUUUUGCUAAACUGAAUAUUCGUCUGAGAUUUAUACCUUUCUGUUGGAUUUGAAGUUGGAAUUUAGCGAUCUAUAAUUCAUCUUGGAGAUCUGCCAGUGAAAGGUAAGAAAAAAAUAACGAAUUUCCUUUUAAGAUCAUCAUCCCGUCAGUAAAGUGAACAAAGGCCAGUAAUUUUAAUCUGAGUAAAAGUUUAAAACGCACCACAUUUUCUAUUAGACGUGCUCUAUUCCCUAUUUGUUCAAGUCAUCAAAACUAUUUUAUUCUACUGUUAAAAAGUGGUCGAGGGGCAUUUCAUUUCUUCAUGAGCAGAUCAGGUCCUCUUUUGUUAUUCAUGACAAACCGUAAUGACACCAUGUGAUUCGGUGUUGUCGCAAGCUGAGUAGUUCUCUUGAAAAGUAAAAAUAGCUAGAGCCGUUUCUCGCUGAUCCAGAAAGGACAGCGGUCUGAAAAGACCCGACGCAUGAAGCAUUACAGAUAACUGCGCUUAUGUACACCAUAACUCCGCUUAUAACAGGCCAGUUUAUGGGUCAACGAUUCAUGAUCAGGUCCAUGGAGCAAGAGGUAAGUUCUAAGGUUUGUGAAUGUUGAUAUGAUCCCAGCGUGAGUGCAUGGGCAUUUGCAUAAAAAACGCUUAAGAGCUGCUGUGAGUUAUAAUAAUUUUAUGGAAAAAUAGAGCUAACAAUCCUAGGGAAAACGGAUUCUCAAGAAAUUAGUUACUUUACUUUGCAUAUAGUUUUUGUAGUUUUUACUAGUCACUGGGCCGCGACAUCGUGUGGAGCCGUUAAACUUAGAUUUUUUGCAAAGCAAAAUCUCAAAGCUACAAUUAUAAAACAAAUCUCUUGGGGAGGAACAGGACCGAACCGAAGAGGUCGAGCGGGCGGAAAUCGCGCCUAGCUGUUGGUGUACGGGGGUAUUUGGGGGAGAGGGGAUUCCAGAAUUAAGCACUAAGAAUCCGGAAUCCCACUAACGAUCGGAAUCCGGAAUCCAAAAUUCCACGACAAGGAAUCCUGGAUCCAGUACUGGAAUCCGGAAUCUACACUAUGGAAUCCAGAAUCCAAGACUGUCUUGGGUUCCCUUACAAGGGGCGAUUAGUUGACUUUGGAAAUGGGAGAGAAUAUUUAGAAAAGAAAAAAUGGGAAAAUCGGAUCGUGUCUUUGGCUCAGUAUUCUGAUUCCCGGCUGUGAUCUUUCAAUGGGAAUUUAAGUGAUUUGUUUAGAAAGAAAAUGCACAAACUUGGGCUACAUCUGAGAUAUGCAGCGACUAUCGCUUACUCGAGUUUUACAUGGUCUCUACAAUGUAGUUAAAUGUUAAUGAUAUUUUUGCAAAAAUAUAGACUUUCACCUGCAGAGAAGAAUAUACGAUAUGUUAAGGUGUAUACCUUAACAGUAAACAGUAAACAGUAAACCAUCCGUGCGCUGGGACCAAUGUCUUUCAUUAUAUUGUAUCAAGCAUUAAAUAAUCGGGUCCAAACACUUGUUUAGCUAAUGCAGCGAGACCAAAACAUAAACUUAUGUCAUACGACGUGAAUAAUAAAGUUCAUUCGGGCGGUUGAUUAAAGCUGGAAGACGGGGUGAACAUUACUUCUGAACGUCGUUAAAAAAAAUUCAUUGGCCAGGGUGGGAUUAUAUUCGCUGUUCCAGGUAGGCGCAAUAUAUACGAAACACUACAACAAUUCUCAUCUUGUAGGUGUGUUAAUUUUUACAGAGAUAGCGUAUAGCGCAUUCGUGUGAUCAACAAGUUAUACUCUUUCCAAUGAAGACUAUUUUAGCUUGAGGGUUUAAAAGCCAAUGUAGAUCAUCGACAAGAUUUCCUGUUUCGUGUUGGACAGCUUUUUUCCCUUCUGCGCCGUUGAAGAAUACUUUUUGUACUCUCAUACCAAAUUAUCUAGCGUAUACUGAAGACUUUCAGGAUUUCCGUGUAUAGGAAAUAUUUAAUUUUGUAAAAAUGAGAUCUUUUUGUUAUUUCAGUUUUAAUCUUGACCAUUUUAGACCAGCGACUGAACUCGAUUAAACCCAAGGAGACUCAUCUCUAAGGAUUUUUUUUUUUCCUCUGGUAAACGAACCGGCGUUGUAAGUCAAGAGUUGACUAAAACCACAACCCAACAGGUGUAACAAACAGGUCUUUUAAAAUGAGAUCAGCUUUAAGCAGACAAGAGGCUCUAACUCUAACAAUCAAUUGACAAAUUAAAGUCGUCUUCAUUAUUAGUAAAGCUAUGCCCACACAAUAUGUACGGGGUAUAGUUUGAACACCUCUUCCAUAGGUGACUCGCCACUCGGCGCGCCGAAGCUUCGCUCCUUUACAGUAAUGCUUCCUCGCACCCAGACGUCUCUCGCACGAUGAAAAUGUGCGCGCAAACUGCACCCUUCCCAUUUUCCCUUGCGGUUCAUCACCAGUCGCUCUCCUCUACCUUGCGAAAAACGAAGCGCCUGAGGAGAAGGCUGGUUCUUAUGUUUAAAUCUAAAAAAGACGUCCUAUCCGAUAUAGUUUUUGUGCCGGGGCAAAAUCUAUCCGAUAUAUAGUGUAAACAUAGGAGCCUAAGUUUAGCCAUAUUCUGAGCGGGUUUAGUUCCUUUUAGGCAGGGAAGUAUAUUUCAAUAUUGAGGUGAAAGAGAUUGCGGAGGCUAAAACGCGACGUGUUUCUAAAUUCUCCUUGAUGACCUUAAUUACCCCAUCAGUGGUUUUUUCAAACAAAUAGCGGGUCUUUAAAAACGCGAUAUACUUCUGAAUUUACUAUAAUGACCUGUAGCCCCUCAGUCUGACGUCAAUAAAGGAAUAACAGAAAAAAUAACGACGUCACACAAUAACGAAAACCGAGUUUCCAGGGUGCGUUGUGACCCUGUAUUGUAUUACAACUCUUUUAUAACACAGCACAUACACUCUAUGGAGUCUCCUUUUUCUGUUUUAAACCACUAGAAAUAUCUUGAAUGGAUAAUAACUGUUGAAUUCGGCUUUCUUAUGAUUCAUAUGAACAAUUGGAUCUCCGAGGAGUUGUUUAUAGCGCCUUCUUGAUCUGCAUAAAUCUUCAUAUGUUAGUCAGCCGCAUCCAACCUCUUUUCCAGGGUUCACUCCUACUCGUCCUUGGGAACGAGGCUGGGCCUCAUCUAGUGGGUGACCUGGAGUUCUGGGAAGACCUUCCGGGAUUGGUUGGGAAAACAAUGUACAAACAAAAUCAAUAAUGAAACCUAGCCUGAAAACAAAAGAGCUGCGACCCAUCGGGGUCCAAUUAAAUUAGAGGUUCUGAAGAGCUGCUAGGCUACCGCGGGAGCAUACAACUCUUAACAAAACAACACUUUUCGAAGAACUACAAGCAAGCAACUGCGUAUAUAAGUCACGAGGUGCCCCUGCUAGAGGCAUCGGACCACCCCUACUAUAGCUGGGGAAACCGCUGACCAGCAUUGCUUCGAGGCCAACUUUGCCUAAAUUACAUUUAGCCACAUUAGCCGAAGUAUUACCACAUGAUAUAGUCUGCCAUAUCUUUUUAGUCAACCGUAAAAAUUUGCUUCAACAUCAAUUCAUUAAAAUAAACAAUCUAAUGGACUGAUAUAAAUUUUACUUUUGCAGGCAUGGUCGUCCUCCAUCAUCCGCUUCCUCUUCUUUUCGUUGGAUUUAUUUGCUUUACUCCGUGCACUUUUGGAGAAAAAGUGGAGGCUGAUAAUGGUAAACAGGUUUUGUUCGUUCAGAUUUCUGGGAUUGUUUGGGUGGAAAAGUGUUAAUUAUGAUUGGUCGAUGGUAUUCAUGGCAACCAUUAACCAAUCAUAAGUCGCCCUUUUCAAAUGAAAGGAACUCAGAAAUCCUUGCGCCGAAAGCUAGUACCCAUUCAGCUUAUAGUCUCUGAAAUGGAGAAUUGUUACCAAUCGCCACUAUAGUGAAGGGCCUUCCCUGGGGAGACAUACAGAGAGUGAAAAGUUAUCGACUGUGAAAAACAAGGUUUGACAUGCUGCUUGUUGACUUUCUACAAUUAGUGGGAAGUUAAUUGAACUUUUCGUUUGCAAGAUGGUUAUCUUUUUAUACGUCAAAAGUUUCUCUAGAACUAAGAAGCUGUCCACACUUGGUACCCGGAAAAUGGUGCUUGGGUACCGGCAGAAAAUUGUGUCGUGUUCACACCUUGAGUACCCGUCUACAUAGUUACUCCGUUUCGCCCUGUUCGACGCCAUUUUGAAACUUGAGCUUAGCAGCGAGUACAAAGCAGUGGAUUACCCCAGAACUAGCAAAACUGUGUGCACACAGGAACCCGGUGCCUACUUUUGUGCCCGAGGACAAGAUCUUCGGGCACCGGCACCUUACCCGAGUUCUAGCGCGGACACUUGAAAAAAGGGUGUUCACAUUAGUGCCCAGCGAGGGCCGUACUCGCGCACCGUACCCAGGCACUAAAUGUGAACGCUGCCUUUUUAAACUGUUUCCACGUUUAAUUAAUAGGUUGCUUUGAACCACUUGGAAUACAGAGCGGGGAGUUUGAAGACGGCCUGAUAACAGCAUCAAAUGUGCAAAAAAAUUUUACAGCAACUGACCCUUGGUGUCCUCCAAAAACCGACGAAAAUCAGUAUUUACAGGUUGAUUUAUCCAGAAAGACCGAACUGACAAAACUUGCUACGCAAGGAUAUAGUGGAGACAAAGAGAAAUUUGUGAAGACGUUUGCAUUAUUGUACAGCGAUGAUGGAGAGAAAUGGGAACAGUAUGGAAGCAAAGGGAAGGAGAAGGUAUUGCAUGUUUUACAAGAGAGAUUAUUUAUUAUUUUGGGAUUAAUUAUUCUCUCUUGAUAUCUUAAAAAUGUGUAGAGUAACGCUACGAAUGAAGAAAAUGGUAUAUCCCCGUUAUCACAAGUGUGGAUCAAUUAAGGAAAAGAUCUGAGCAAUCGACAAGUUGUUCGAGCCUUUGUCCUCAUUACGGAAACCAAUCGGAUGUUAAACUUGGAUGAAACAGGCCUUAAGAGACUUAAGCCGAGCAAGCGUCCUGGGUACGAAUAUUUUAAAACCCCCUUCUCUCGCGACGUGAAGGUCCACAAUGGCUUCUUAUUUCACUGCCAGCCUCAAAAUUGUCAUAUUCCUAUCUGUCGACAUUCAUUCUGUCUUUGCAGAUCUUUCAGGCCAAUAAUAAUUCAUUUGCGGUUCACCAUAACAUAUUUGAGAAGCCACUCGUGACACGCUACAUUCGUGUAAAUCCAAGGACUUGGGAAAACGCCAUUUGUUUGAGGCUUGAGGUAUUUGGAUGCGAUGGUAAGUCAAUAAAAAUAAUGUAA